GAGUGAGUAAUCUGCUACGCCGGGCAGUUGCCGUCGAGCGUUUCAUAAGUGCGGCCGAGUGUGUCCGCCUGUGCCGUUUAAUUUGUUGUUCGCUGCGAAGUGCGAAAGAUACAAGUGUUCCGAAAUUUGAUAAGACUGCUGAACGAUACUCGCAUAACCAUACAAAAAAUAUUUCAACAAAAAUAUUGCAGAUAAACGAAAUAUACCGACAAUAGUAUACGCCAAACGGAAAACAAGCAGUAUAUGAAGUUGUUUUUGUAUUUGCUUAUGCACGAAAUAACAGUUGUAUAAAUAUUUUCCAAAUAUUUUGUGUAAACAAAGUUCGUAUUAUUAGUGUAGACAUCCAUAUAUUCCUCCAGUCAAAAAGUAAGCUCAAAUAAGCCAAGUGUUCGCUUGCAACAGGAACGCUUCCGCACGCAGUAAUAACGCUGCUGUUUAUGCAACAGUCAUACACAGAAAAUGUUCUCUACAUCCGGCUACGAUCGACUCUAUGCCCGCAGCUCUUCCGGUUUAGCCAAACUGCUCUGUAUGCUAUGUGCCGUGGCUGGCAUCACAUGCAUUGCUGUUAGCUCGGCGCCAGUGACGAAUCUGCGCGGCCUCGUCUACAUGUGUGUGAUGGCGUGCGCCUGCCUCGGCAGUGCGCUGGUGUUUUUGAAUAAUUUUUGCGAAAUGCGGCUUUGUAGGCGGCACUUGUGCAAUGCAACCAGGUUUGAGCUGUAUGUUCAUGCCACACUCGCCGUUCUGUGCUUUCUUGCCUCAUCCGCCGCGCUGACGUUGGCGCUGGUGACCUACUCCAUUGCAGCGUUUUUCGGCUAUGUUGCAUUCUGCUUGUACGCCUUGGAGGCCUGGUGCAACUAUAGGCGAUACCGCCAGCGUGAUAUGAGCACGCAGACGUAGUAGUGUGUAUGUGAAGGUUGUUGCAGAUAACAGUAUUUUCGCCGUUUAGGAAAUAUUUCAUAUAUGUUUGUGGAUAUUACCCAUGUCGAUAUCACUUGCCUGUCUCUAAUGAAGUGCCUGCUGCCAUUGCAAAGUGUUUCAAAAUAAUGUUUAGUAAACAGUAUGUAAUGUUAGAUAAUUACCAGUAUGUAAUAUUAGUAUAAAUAACUUUUGCAUGUAUUUAGUGUUGUAAGUUGCACUUAAGCAGUAAUGACUUGCAUAACUUUGAUUCAGAAGUCGAACCUGCUUUCGGUCUUCACACAGCAACAAAAAUACUCUUGUACAGUCAGAUGACUUUAAAGCAUUUAAGUUUGGAUUCCAAGUACUUAUAUACAUAUAUACAUAUAUU